AUGAGUCCUGCAAAAUCCCCACCAUCUUCAAACAAUGACGGCCGGCGGGGCUACCUAGAUUGGCGUGUGUCGAAAUUCAUCGAUCUCUUUAUUGCAUCAAACACUUAUAUCAGUUCUUUGGAUACAGGAAUCGGCUUUGUAAGUGGAGUGAUAUUUGCAUUUGCCAUCAUUUUUGGCUACAAAACUAUAAUACUGGUGUCCCAAACGAUUAACAGGAAAAUGAAGAAAGAUCCAAAUGUUGAGGCUUAUAUCAAAAAAUACGGAUCACUCGCUCCAAAGAGAUAUCAUAGUUCUGAUAUCAAGAAAAUGACAAAUUCAUUCAGGGAGAAACUGGGUGAAGGAGGCUUCUGCAGUGUUUACAAAGGAAAGCUGGAAGAUGGCCGUCUUGUGGCAGUGAAGGUUCUUAAACUUGACACAAUCAAAGGAAAUGGAGAAGAAUUCAUAAAUGAGGUCAUCAGUAUUAGCAGAACGUCCCAUGUCAAUAUUGUCUCCCUUCUGGGAUAUUGCUACACCGAAAACAGAAAGGCUUUGAUUUUUGAAUUCAUGCCCAAUGGUUCUCUUGAAAAGUUCAUACACAAAGAGAAUGUUUCCACUUCGGGGCGCCUGGCAUGGGAGAAAUUGCAAGAAAUCGCAAGAGGAAUAGCUCGAGGGCUUGAGUACCUCCACCGAGGUUGCAACACAAGGAUUUUGCAUUUUGACAUAAAACCUCAUAAUAUCCUUUUGGAUGAAGAUUUUUGCCCCAAGAUCUCUGAUUUCGGGUUGGCAAAACCAUGUCCCAAAGAGAGUGCUAUAUCAAUGGUGGAUGCUAGAGGGACAGCCGGAUAUAUAGCCCCUGAAGUCUUUUGUAGGAACUUCGGGAGAGUUUCACACAAGUCUGAUGUGUACAGUUUCGGAAUGAUGAUUCUAGAGAUGGUUGGAGGUAGAAAAAAUAUUGAUAUUGCUGCAGAUCAUAGUAGUGAGAUGUAUUAUCCCCACUGGGUCUACGACCGUCUCCAGCAAGGAAACAACCUAGGAUUGCAUGGUGUAAUGACCAGCCAAGACAAUGAUAUUGCAAAGAAGAUGAUAAUAAUAGGGUUGUGGUGCAUACAGACCUACCCAGUUCAUAGGCCAUCAAUGAAUGAGGUGUUAUUUAUGCUGGAAGGGAGUUUAGAUGCCCUAAAAAUCCCACCCAAACCUUUCAUAUAUACCCCUACAAGAUCUCCAAUAAACCUCUGUACCGCUCCAAUACUAUGA